AUGGCGAGCCCCAUUGACAUGGUUACCGUACCGAGAACCCACCGAAGACGGCGGGAAAAGAAGCUAAUGAGCAUGGACGAUGUAAACGCGCGCUUUCCUCUGAUGAAAUACAAAACAUGGCGGGCAAAUCGUGCGGAUGAAGGACUCCCAACUGCUGGGGGUAUACAGGCGCCAACCAGCAGGCCGUCGAGUUUGAAGAACGAAGGGGGAAGCGUCAUACUUGCCUCUACAGAGAAUCAACAGUCUCCUGUCUCGAGAAAUCCGACUUCAAGUCCAGAAUCAUCAAAUGAACCGGUACCGCAACUAGAGCCAGAAAGCGGAAUUCUGCCAGCGAUGCACAGGGAAACAAUGGCUUCAAGAGCGGAGAGCCGCUUGUCAGGUGAACAUCUAAAAGAAAUUUCAGGUUCCAUGGAGGACGAUGAUGACGCAGACGAACAUAUCCGUAAUGCUAUCCCUGCUGAGCUACUUACGAACCCUGGGGAUACCUGUGCAAUAUGCCUUGAUACUAUUGAAGACGAUGACGACGUGCGUGGUCUUAGCUGCGGCCACGCAUUCCAUGCAUCAUGUUUGGACCCUUGGUUGACAUGCCGACGUGCAUGUUGUCCGCUUUGCAAAGCCGAUUAUUACGUUCCGAAACCACGCCCGGAGGGUGCUGAAGGAAGCGAGAAUAAUUCUUCCAGCCGCGGCAGACGUAAUACGAGUCGAAAUAAUGAUCCUGCACAGCCAGAACGCACUUAUGUCCCCGGCCGUGGGAACCCAUUCGUAUCGCGUCUCGUUCUGCCAGGACGCUUCAUCACCAUAGUUCCUCCCGAUGAACGAUAUCCAGGCUUCCCAAGACCUGUUUAUCAGUCGCCAAACUCAUUUCGUAGAGGGCGACGAGGACAGUCGAAUCCUUCAGAUGACGUCACAAAUCCUAAUGGCUCAACGUCAUGGAGAUCACGGCUCCCUUCCAUUCAUCUCCCCACAGCAACCUUUUCUCGAUUGCGGCUUCCGGAUAGAAGGAAUCGAAACGCAACUGGACGGGCUUCCACCACCGCUAGUGAACCAUCUCCACGGCAACUUGAAUCCGGGCCCACUUGA